CAUCAACCCACAACACUUACAUACAAUGGUAGAAGUAGUUUAGAAGAGUCAAAACCAAAAGCUGAAAACGUCUACUCUGGUCUCGACACGCAACCAGAUAGACCAAAAAGUCGUAUAUUCUCACCUGAUUUCUACGAAUCAGACAAUGACACCGAAAAAGGUUGCCACCAAGACAAAUACUAUAGCUUUAGUCGAUAUACUAACCCCAGUACGAAAGACAACUGGUCGUAUGCUUCCACAAUGGCGAUGGGUCCGCAUAGACACUCGCUGCCAAAUGAUAACAAAUAUGCAAGGCGUUCACUUAACAAAAAAUUCAACAAAAAAGACCGCACUCGACCCAGGCCAAAACCGUUACAGUACGAAAAUGAAAAGUACUACGACCAUGUGUUUCCUAAGAGGGAUGGUAGAAUAAGCGCGGAUAUCUUCUACCAACCUAGUAGUUUAGAACAUGCCGAAUUGUAAAUAAAAUGUUAGCAUAUCGUUUUGCGUAAGAUUUUUAAUCAAGUGUUUAAUAAAAAUAAAGAAUAAACUUAUGAAAUAUUUCAAAAUGCUACUUCUAUAUGUUUAUAACAGAUUACAAACAAAAAAAUCUUACUGAAAAUGAUAUCGAUGGCUUUGGAUUUCAAAAUCUUGCCCCACUUUCUAAUCAAAAUAUUCUAGACAAACUAAGUUUGAGCAACACUUUGGGAAUUAAAGGAGAAAGAAAUCCAAGCUACAAGAGAUUAAAUUGUUGUAUGUACAUUUCCAUUUAUUUUGUAAAUAAACGUGUAUAACAAACGUUGCAUGAUUAA